AUGGGACGAGACUGCAAAACAUUUCGAAUAAAAUAUCCACCGGGAGAGACGUGGUUCUACACCUUCGACCCGAAGAAUCUGCAGGCUGUGCUAGCGACCCAGUUUCAAGAUUUUCAGCAGCCAGCGGCCAGAGUGGGAGCGUUCGAGGCGCUUCUGGGUCUCGGUAUUUUCUCAGCGAACGGACCUAAAUGGGAACACUCUCGAGCUCUUCUAAGACCCCAAUUCAUGCGUGAACAGAUAGCUGAUCUGGGGCUCUUCGAGACACAUGUCAAAGAUCUCUUUGAUGCCCUCCCAGGUGCCGUGGAGUCUGGUGACUGGACCCCGACUUUCGAUAUGCAACCGUUGUUGGAGUGUUUUACAAUGGAUACUGCCACAGAGUUUCUCUUUGGCGAAAGCGUACACAACCAGAAAGGUGAUAGUACAGAUACGAGUACUUUGUUCUCUAAGAAGGAGAUGAUGCAGUUCGUAGAGGCCUUCUUCGGAGCAGAGAAGACAACGGCGAGAUCUAUGAUAUACGGUGACCUGUUCUGGCUAAUGCACGAUCGCAAAUUCAAGGAACAGUGUAAAGCGUUCAUAACUUCGUUGAUAUGGACGGGAAAGUACGUCGUUCUUGAUGCUAUUGUCGCUGAUGUGAAGGAUCCGCAGGAGCUCCGCUCCCAGCUGUUGAACAUCCUUCUGGCAGGCAGCGACACCAUCUCGGGAACGCUUGGCUUACUUUUGGCCUCAUUGGCACAAUAUCCUCAUAUUUUCAAGAAGCUUCGCAACAUCAUCAUAGACGACUUUGGAUCCUUCGAUCGACCUAAGCAGAUCACGCUCAGCAGGCUCAAGAACUGUUCAUACCUUCAAUGGUUCUUGAACGAAGUUCUCCGAGUCUACCCUUCGGUUCCGGUCCACUCCCGUGAGGCCGUUAGAGACACAACACUGCCCGUGGGUGGUGGCUCCGAUGGGAUUUCGCCAGUAUUUAUACCUAAAGGUCACCUUGUUGCUUGGCAGACCCAGAACUUUGAGGCCCUGAUGCUGAACGCUUCAAUCCAGAACGAUGGGAGGGGCGCAAAUUUGGAUUCAACUACCUCCCAUUCAACGCUGGCCCUCGAAUAUGUAUCGGACAACGAUUCGCCCUUGCUGAGAUUGCCUAUGUCACAGUCAGGCUCCUGCAAAAGUUCGACUCAAUUGAUGGAUCAGCCUUGCCGAAAGGGCGACUGCCCUGUGAUUGGAAAUUGGUAG